UUGUGAUUAGGGAAGAAAGCAUCUCGCGUUCGGGCGUCCGCCGUUCUUUCGACCCAGCUUAAAAUUCGGGUACGCGUGUUCUACGUUGGAUGCUGGAUUUACAAUUCUGCUGAUUGAAAACUGGUGCACAUAUCUUAGCGUGGAUGAAAUAGUGUUGAAUGGUGUAAACGUUUCAAUAUAGCUUAGUAAUAAUUGCUGCUAAUUGGAUACCUUCUACCUAGUCAAGCGUCAAUAGGGCUCUCAGUGAGUUGCAAUGCAAACAACGGACCCGGGGGGAAACGGCCAAGGACCCACCGCUGCGGCUAAUAACAACUACAACAGUACCACGUCGUCGACAACUUUGCCACCGAAACCGCCGCCACCACAGCAAACGCCUCCACCGGGAUCAUGGGGAUCGCUAAAGGCCAGCAUCUUGCGAUGGCGUGGUUCCAGGCGCCUGGUGCUCGUCAUCGUUGCCAUUGCGCUGCUGCUCGACAAUAUGCUGCUGACCGUCGUUGUGCCAAUCAUUCCGGAAUUCCUGUACGACAUCAGACACCCCGAUGCCCCUCUAGCUAGCUUUCCUAAAACACCACCGACGACGCUUUCACCGUGUGAGAAAGAAACCACUACUCCGUACAAUGGGAUUGACAUCACCACUCCUGGUUAUGAUAACGCAAGUUGGCAUGCAGAACGAGAGGAACGUCACAAGGAGCUGGUGGAGGAAACGGUUGAAGUUGGCCUUAUGUUUGCAUCGAAAGCUUUCGUCCAGCUACUUGCCAACCCCAUAGUCGGUCCAUUAACGCAUAAGAUAGGUUAUAGUAUUCCCAUGUUCACUGGGUUCGUUAUUAUGUUCAUUUCUACAUUAAUUUUUGCAUUCGGUAGAACGUAUCCCGUUCUAUUCCUGGCUAGAGCAUUGCAGGGUAUAGGUUCGUCUUGUUCGUCCGUGUCCGGCAUGGGAAUGCUGGCCGAUCGAUACACCGACGACAAAGAACGUGGCAACGCCAUGGGUAUAGCGUUAGGUGGAUUAGCUUUAGGCGUACUAAUUGGUCCUCCGUUCGGAGGAAUAAUGUAUGAGUUUGUUGGAAAGUCGGCUCCGUUCCUGGUGUUGUCUGCCCUGGCUCUUGGUGAUGGACUCCUGCAGCUGGUGAUGAUGCAACCAUCGGUCGUAAUUGAGGAAUCCGAUCCACCUUCGUUGAAACAGUUGGUUAUGGAUCCGUACAUUAUUGUGGCGGCCGGAGCGAUCACCUUUGCCAAUAUGGGCAUUGCCAUGUUGGAACCGUCAUUGCCCAUUUGGAUGAUGGAUAACAUGGGUGCUAGCCGGUGGGAACAAGGCGUGACUUUCUUACCAGCAUCAAUCAGUUAUCUAAUAGGAACGAAUCUCUUUGGACCACUGGGUCACCGUAUUGGACGGUGGCUUGCCGCGCUUCUAGGUCUGGUUAUCAUUGGUCUGUGCCUGCUGUGUAUACCAAUGGCCACCUCGAUCCACCAUCUAAUCAUCCCGAAUGCUGGUCUCGGGUUCGCCAUCGGUAUGGUGGACUCAUGCAUGAUGCCGGAGUUGGGUUACUUGGUGGAUAUUCGCCACUCGGCCGUGUACGGCAGUGUCUACGCCAUCGGAGAUGUGGCUUUCUGCUUAGGCUUCGCAAUCGGACCCGCUCUGAGUGGUACCUUGGUAAACACCAUCGGUUUCGAGUGGAUGUUGGUGGGAAUUGCAAUUCUGUGCUUCCUGUACGCGCCAUUACUGACACUGCUACGGGCGCCACCGACCAAGGAGGAAAAGAAGUCUCUGAUAGUUGGAGAGCGAUCAUCGGUGCGUUACGUGACAUACCAAAACGAGGACGACGAUGAGUAAGUAUGGUUUAGCUACUACAGACACUGAAGUAUUCCAAAAUACGCUAGUCAAUGAACCCCGGAGAACCAAUUUCGAACAACGCGCUUCUUACAAUGAAGGAUGAGGCCAAAUUCAUGCUGGAGAAGUUUUGAGAGGGAGGGAGAUGCAGUACGCCCUCGGUUUAUGUGAGAAAAGUACAUAUGAGCUCAAGUGAUUUUAACGUAUUAAGUAAAUAUUUUGAAUGAUGUGGUAUUAUCCAGAAAAAAUAUUGUUGGAUAGCUAUCGCUAGUAUGUACCAGCACCACACUUGUUGAAUAGAGCACUGAUAAAGAUUACUAUAGAAUGAGUAAAUUUAGGCAAAUUGUGGAUGCAGCUGAAAAAUGAUCAUGAAAAUGGAGAAAAGGAAUACUCUGUAACUUAUCACUAUCACAUCUAUACAUAAACUGUAAAUGGUACUAAAACCGAGAGGAAAAUCUCUAUUCCGCCGGAAUUAGUGGAGACGAAAAUUGAAGCUCAAACAAAACAAAAAAUUUAAUCAAAAAAAUAUAGAAUUACUCCCUGCGAACUCGCAAGUCAAUCGGUUUCCAGGGGAGUUUUGAUUGUUUUUUAACAAACGGUAAUGUAAUUAAGUAUCAAUAUUGAUUUGUCGAAAUGUUUACGAAACAAAACUUAUGUCCAUUUUCUUUUGUAUUCAUUUAUACCGAUUUUUUUUAUAUAUUCAAAUCUAUUUCUUGUGAAUGAUGUCUAGGCUAUGGUUGUGUUUUUUCCCGAAAUAUUUUACUGUGUAUUAACAUGUUUGUGUUCUAAUAUAUUUAUUUAUAUGGAAAAUAAAAUGCAUUCGAAGCUCCCUUUGAAACCGAACGAGCCUAGCCGAUGA